GCUUGUCAUAGAAAAAACACCAACAAAAGCCACACUGUUUCUUGCCUUUCUCUCUCUCUCUCUCUCUCUCUCUCUCACACACACACACACACACACACACAAACACAAAUCACUGUGUUGAAGACGCUCCAGUUAAUGGCAGACGAGGAGAAGCAUCACCCCGAAAUCGGGCCCCAGAUGGACGUAGACGAAGGAGGGGAUGACCAAGACGAAGAAGACGAUGAAGUUUUCUACGAGGGAAUCGAAGCCCCAAAGUUCGUCGACUUCUCCACUCCUGACCACUACCGCCCCGAUGAUCGUUACUGGUUCUGUCUCCGUGUUGGCUGCGACCAAAAACACGAAGAAGAAAUGGACUCUGAGAAAAUCUACAAGGAUUUUGUUCUCCGAGUAAUGGCUGCUAGAAGCCCCAAUGUGAGACUUCAGAAAGCACUAAGCAGACAUGCUGCAGGCAAGAACAUAAAGUGCCCACUAACAGUGCCAGCAAAAGCUUCAAAGUCUAGACUCUCAAAGUUAGCUGCUGUUUCAAACAUUUCUCGUAAACUGAUUGAAGACAAAGAGAAGGUCAGCUAUCCAUCAAAGCCCACUUCAACUCCUAAAAUCAGAGGAAAGCAAGUUGCUUCCAAGUAUCUUACUACCCCUAGGAACAAAAAGUGUAUCCCAAAUCCAAAUUCCUUUCGUAGUGUGCAAAAUCCAAAACCUGCAGCACUUGCUGUUCCAAAGAAUAGAACUAUAGCAAAGGCUUUGGUCUUCCAAUCCCCAAAGAAAGCCAUCAGUUUGAAGAAAUCAGUGGAAACUCCCUUAACCAAAUUAUGUCAAGGAAUCAAGAAGCUAGAGAUAACAGAUCAAAAGAAGCGUCUACUAGAUUACUCCGGAAAAUCAAAGGAUACGAAACCUAAUCACAGAGAUCCUUCGAGGAACAGAAAUUCUCAGAAGGACAAAAACAAGACCCACAAGAAUAGCGGAAAGUCUCAAACUCGAAUACCAAGGGAAGCCAGACCUGUGCACUCAACUAACAUUCAGAGCCAAUCUAAAUUGGAAAAGAAGUGCCACUCCAAGAACAUGGCAGAAAAUGAAUGCAGCAAGGCAGAGGUUGAUUUAACAUUGAGAGACAGUAACAAAGACAACCAUAAUGAUUCUACACAGCCAGAAGCUAAUGUAUGCACAGCAGAUGCCAUGACAGAUGAAUUGAACUGCGAUGCUGAUCAGAAAGAUUUGGUGGGAAAUGACCUUCCACAAAGACAAUUACCAAGAGGAGGGGAUCAUGAUAGUACUGUUGGAAAUGGCACUGAAUUGAACUCUAUGGACCAUUCUAUUUGUUUCCAGACUGCAGAAGGGGCAGGACAUCACCAUAAUGAAGGCGUGGACAGUGAUGACAAAGAGAAUGUUUCCGUCCCUUAUGAGAACAGAAGUCUCACCAACAAUAUAAAUCAGGCUGGACAAAUAGUUCUUGGUGUGCAGAAGAUGCCAAAAGUCAUUAAGACGAUUGCUCAACCAGCGGCCAAGAAUCUUAACCCUCUUUCCACAAAUGCUGGUGCUUCAGGGAUGAAGCCCAAGAAGCCAAAGCCUACAAAUCCUAAACCUUUCAGGCUAAGAACUGAUGAAAGGGGAAUUCUAAGGGAAGCUGAUCUACAGAGAAAAAAACAGGGCAAUGUUGAAGAUCCUGACACUGAAAAUAGAUGCUCUGAAGAUAAUCCUGAAGGCAAUGAGAGAGAUUCAAAGGGCUUGCGAAAUGUUUUUACUGAGAGUGGGAUAAAAAUCAAGACUUCAGACGGGAAAGUGAGAUUGAGGAAAUCCAGUAUAACACCAGAGAGAUCUAAUGUUGCACAAGCCAAAACUACCAACUUAAGAAAUACUAAAUCUCCCAUGGGUUCAUGUUUGAGACAAGGGCAACUCAUGGUAAUACAAGAAGCAUCAGCUGAUAUUUCCAAGCCAAAUAAAGUAGGGAAGCUUCAUGAAAACGGUUCAGCAGCCCUUCCCCGAGCUAAAGCAUUGACGCCUUCCAGAGUGUUAUCUCGUGAAAGAAGGCCUCUGACAAUCCCAAAGGAGCCACACUUCCACAGCACUCACCGGCCCAAAAGUUGCACAAGAAACUUGGCGGAACAAGUGCCCUUGUAAAGGAUUCAAUUAAUUUUUUGAGUUGUGUGUAUGUACUUCAAAUGGUUCAUUUGAGAAAAACAUUAAGUUUUGAGCUGUGUAAUGCACAAAAGUUGCAGAAGAAACUUAGCAUAACAAGCCCCUUGUAAUAUUCAAAGUUAAUUGAAUUGAUUCUUGAGUUGUGUAUGUA